UCCGACACCUCCUGGCGCUCACCGAAAUGAAGGCACAUUUAAUAUACUUUGAUGGGCGGGGAUUGGGGGAAUCAAUAAGGCUGAUUUUAGCCACCGUUGGAAUUGAAUUUGAGGAAACGUAUCUUCAGGAUGCAGCACACGUGGAAAGAUUACGUCAAGCCGGUGAUCUUCUAUUCAUGCAAGUGCCAAUGUUGGAAAUUGAUGGCAUGAAAUUGGUACAAACCAACGCUAUCAUUCGAUAUAUUGCCAGAAAAUACGCCAUGUAUGGUAAAACACUGGAACAGAAAACAAGGAUUGAUGUGCUAUACGACGGCGCACGUGAUUUUAUAAUGAAGUUUGUGUAUAUUGGAUGGAACAAAGGUAAGGAGGACGAUAGCAAGAGUGUAAAAGAAAAUGCCGUACCCAGAUAUCUUCCUGUGUUUGAAAAGGAAUUGUCUAAGACCUCAUCUGGUUAUUUUGUUGGGGAUGAUCUUUCUAUGGCCGAUUUGGCUGUUCUGGAAUCUUUGCUUUAUUGCGAUGAUUAUUUCCCUGCUGUUCUUGAAGAUUAUCCAAAACUGAAGGAAUUCAAAGACAGACUAUCGUCAUUACCACGGAUCAAGGCAUUCCUGAAUGGCCCACAAAGAAAAGGGAAGACCACAGAAGAAUAUAUUCUGCACUGCAGAAAAGUAUGGGGCUGGAUUUAA